CUCGACCUCUUCUGGGAAUUAGCAGUUCCCUCUCCGCGCGAAAGGACGGAGGCAGCUUGCCGCUUGGUGCGCCAUGUGCUUCAGGAGGGGCCCCCUGAUGCUGCCGAUGCCGCGGCAACGCAAGCCAAGGGGGCCCCUCCGGGAGCUGACCAGCUCCCCGGGGUUGCUGCAGCGGAUGCGUACAAAAUGAGGCCCUUUAUCAAGCCUUCUGCUGAAGAAGAAGGCGGGGCAGUGCCCUACGAUCUCCAGUACGCCGCGAAUCGGCUGUUUCAAGGCCUCGCCUCCCCCAAUGCAACCGCGCGCGAUUCGUACGCGCUGACGCUGCUCCUGUUGCUGCAGCAACUGCAGCAACUGCAAGACCAAAGGGCGCACCCUCCGCUAGGAGGGGGGACUGCUCGAGCCGAUUUAUGCGCUUUUGCCCAUAAUAUACGCCGUGUCUUCUCUGUAAAAGGGGUGCCACUCUCCGAGCUGAAGCGAAACCACCUUGCGCGAUGUUUGGCUACUUACAUCCUCGUAGGCCUUGGCUUCUUCAGACGCAAGCAGCUGUCUAGGAGGCGCUCAUGCCAGUUCGCUCUUCGUGUGGCUGUGGCUGCUGCCUCCGUGCAGAGUUUGCCAGAGGUGCCAGAGACGUUCGAGAUGCUGUUUGAGUGCUUCAAUGCAAAGCUGCACCUUCAGGAAAUCUCAGGAUGCCUCAUUGUUCAAGUCACGAGGCAGCUCGCUCACCCAAAAUUUACCAGCGCUCGUCAACUUCCUCGUGGACACGGCGGGGGCCCACCCACGCCUCCACGGACUAUGGGGAGCCGUCAUGCGGCUCCUGCUUUUGCAGAGGUAUGCAUGCGAAUUGACGACUACGCCAGCCGGCCUUGCAGCUCUCCUUCCCUCUCAGCCUGUGGCACUGGCUGCUUAAGCCUCUGCGCCUUCCGCCUCCCACAGCGUGCCUCGUGCAUGGAUGCCCUCAGGAGGUCUGGAAGAUUCUCGAGCUGUGCGCCUUCUGCUUGCCUCAGGCACGCUCUGGAGACCUUCAAGCACCUGUGGACUGCCAUAGAUGUACAGCUUUUUCCGCCGAAGACGCGGGGAGCGCAUGCUGCUCAGAAGGCUGUAGAGGGGCCAGAAGGCGGGUCGUACAGGCCCGCAGAGCACCAUCAGAGCUUGCAGAAUGCGUUUGUCGGCCUUCGUGCGGCUUUGCUGGUUCUGUGGUAUAUCAAGCACAAACUGGUGGCAGGGGGAGAAGGUCGAGGGGGAGGUGACAAAGAGGGAGCGGAGGAGGAUAGAAAGGCGCAGCUCCAGCAAAUGGCCGUUGCCGUGUUCACGGAGGGCAAGGGCUUUCUGAGGGUCUUUAUCGCCCACUUGGAGUGUACGUACACCUCGGCAGGUUGUGCUGCCGCUGUUGCCGCGCGUUUCUUUGCCGAGCGUCUGGAGGAACUCUUUAGUCCGCAAGGGCAGUUGGCUGCCUCGCGAGGGCACCCUCUAUCUAUAGAGGCCCUUGCAGGUGCAAGAAGUGCUGCAGGCAACGGCCGAGACACGCUGCGACUGCAGAAGCUGCCCCUGGUUUGCAGGCUCAGCUGCGGCUGUCACACAGAUCCUUACAUGCACGCGCUUUUGGAGCCGUUGCUGGGGGAUGUUUCGGAUGAAGGCCGGCAUUUUGCACGUAGGUGGCUUGUAGCUGUCGCGGCGAGUUUGCGGGAAGCGCUUGUCGUUGCUGCUGGUGCCGCUGUCGGCGCCUCUGCCACUGUGCCCGGCGGAAAGGGGCUGGCGUCUGUGGGGGACGUUGUAUCGACCUCGUGUGGACAAUUCGGCGAUGAUUUUUCAUGCCUGAGAUCUCCGCUGCCUCUUACUCCCGAAUCGCGUGUCGCCCUGUUGCUGGCCUUCGGCGCUGCUUGCUGGUUUCGUCCCCUAAAGCGGCAGUCCCUCUGGAGGCCCUUAGAAGUGCAAGGGUACUGCAGGGGAAAACGCACUGGGCGUUAUCUAGCUGCCUGCGUGUCGUCUGUUGCUGUGGCUGCUAGUCAGGAUUUAGUCUGCGCGUUAGGGCAGCCGAACGACAUUGCCUUUCAGGGCGUGCCGUUGUGUAGCAUUUGUUUCUUGUCCGCUGAUGCUGAGCACUUCGAGACCCUCGCCAAGCGGCUCGUGGCAGCCCUCAAUGGGAACGUGGCGACACAGAGCGGUCCUUCCGAGGUGAGCCCAUCGUCUGCGGCGGGCAGGGGCCAGGGGCCCCUAUUUGCCGCGUUUUGCUUGUGUUUCUUCCCUCAACCGCUCUACUCCCUCCAUCCAAGUGUCGUUCUGUGCUUCCCGUUGUUGCCUCAGGACCACCAAGGCUUUGCCAGGCGCAGAGCUUCCUGGCUUAUCGACUGCCUAUUGCUGCUGCCGCAGCUGCCGCGCCUGCAGCACGGGGAGGGCAGCCGCGUGCUCCUGCCGGACUGGUUCUUAGCUGCUGGUCUGUGCUCCUCCUUCUUCUCCGUUGCGUGUGGGUCGUCGAGGACGGGAGCGGCCUCGGAGAAUCCCCCCGUUAUGGCGAUGGUGGUGGAUCGCACCGAGCUGCCUUCCUUACCCCACGCAGAGCCGCCAGAGGGAGUGGAGGAGGAGGCACUGCCGUUCGAUCCAGCGCAACAAAUGCCGCAGCUGUUCCUGUUUGGCUCGGGGGACGCUGCCAAAGGAACGCGUCCUGAAGCUGCUGCUGCAGGAGCUGCUGCUGCAGCGCGUAUGCGCAUGCACGGAAAGAUAUGCCAAGUGCUAGGAAGUGCAUGCAGCAGUGCCAUGGAGCGGUACACCAGGGGCCCUCUCGCAGGGGCCUCGGCAGGAGAUUCCGCGGACUUUGUGCAGCAGCUGCACAGGGCGCAUGCAUUGGUUUAUAGCCUGUGGCGUAGGGGAACUACUGCCAAGGCGGGGAAGCCUUGGCUGGAGCUGCAGGCAAGGGCCCUCAGCCCGGUGGAGGGGCAGCGCGAAACGAAGAUGAAGGCAAGAAUCGCUGCAAGCGACAGUCUCUCCGCAUUGAUUGAAGGGGGAUCUGAAGAGCAGGAAAAGCUCUUCUCGUUUUGCUUUUUUGCGUCACAGCAAGGAGCUGCUCUGGCAGCAGCUGCAACCAGGACGCCGCCGCUCAUCCACGAGCAGGUGCACUGUGGAUUUAAUGCAGCAGCCCAUGUAUUGGGUACUGCAACAUGUGCGCUAUCUCUGGUGCCGUAUCUGCCGUCUGUUGGGGCUGAUGGAAUGGGCGAAGGGGAAGAAGACGGAAGGGACGAUCUGUUUGGUGCCUCAGCUGAGCAGGAUUCACAGCCGGCUGCUGCUGCGGCGGCGGCAGCUGCACGUCGGGAAGAGGCGGAAGAGGCCCUGGAAGCUUCCGUGCAUGCGCUGCAGCAGCUGCUGAAGCUGGUGCCCCCCAUUUAUGCCUUUUUGAAGGAGGGCAACCCUGAGAGCAAGGAGGCUGCGGUUUCUGCGCAAGCGAAGGCGGCGGCAGUGAGCUGUACGCUGCUUCUCUUAGGCGGAAAUUCGGCAAUUAGCGGACUGCUUCGCGAAAUCGCCGGAGCCUUGUGGAGAUCGCUUUGCUGCUUCGCAAAGCGCAAGACCCUCUACAAGCUUCUCGCCGUUGCCUCAGCGUCCUCGGGGGAAGCAAGCACCUCUUCUGCAGACAGUGGAGAGGAAGAUCCUUCGGAUGAUGAGGACGAGACGGCAGCAGCAGAAGAAGAAGAAGAAGACGGAGAAACAACGAAAUAUUGCGCGAAGCGUUGUGCUAGAAAAUCGCAGGCGGCGUUGGAGGAAGAAGAAGGUGUCGAAGUGGCGGCGUCUAUGGACGAGGACGGAGACCCCUCGGCAAUUGAGCUUUCCCCUGAAGCAGCACUGAAAGCACUUGCUGAUGAGAUGGCGCUACCCGGUGAGCCUAUACACACGUGCGCGCUGAAUGUCAGGGGGGAGGGUGGGGGUGCGUACUGUCCUCCUGGGGGGUUCAAGCAACGCGGCAUGCUAUCUCAAAGGAAGCUGCUCUUACGGCAGCGGCAGCGAUUAGGCGAGUUGCGGCUAAGGGCUCUGGCGGCGCUCCAGGUGUACGUGGAUAGCAACAGUCGCAGCGUUUUGUCUCUUGAGGUGCUGACCGGUCUGUUUGCUGCUUUCAGUAGGGUGCUGGUGCAGGCCGCGCAAUCCAGACAGAGACAACAGAAGCUUGCUGUGUAUGAUGACCUUGCAAAGAAGAUUAAAAGGGCCAUUGAAACGGCGCUCAAUGCUGUUGCUCAGUCCUGGCACGCCCCAGCAGAAGGAGCUGCCAGGGGGUGUGGUGAUGGCAGCAGAACGAAGCCGCAGGUGUCGUUGCCCCCCCUCCUGCCGUCUCUCGAGGAGAAGGACCGCUUGCGCUGCUUGCUGGAAGGACUGAGCAAGAAUCCUGCUGCCGCUACAUCGGACAGUGGCGUGUGUCGCAUGGAGGUGGCAAUGGGAGGCUUCGGGGAUGACGAGCAGCGCAGAGUCAUCGGGUGCUCCCUGUGGGUAAUGCUGGCGGAGUUGAUGGGAAGUGUGCUGCGUUGUUGCAGCCGCAAAUUGCCAUUGCAGCUCGCAACACAAAAUCAGUCGCUUGGAGUAGAGAUGCUUCUAAGGAUGCACAAGCUUGAAAGCCACGUAGAUGCGUAUUGCGGGCUCGUCAAAGAGAUGCCUUCGCCUGCCAGCCAAACGGCAAGGCUAAUCUCAGCGCCCUCCGUAGUACACCCUUCUAUCCUUUCUCAGUUCGUUGCAGUAUCGGUUGCAGCGCGUGCCAGACUCCGUCGCUGCCAUUUGGGAGGGCCUUUCUUCAUGACUGUGGCAGAGCGACGGCCGGAUGCCUUUUAUAGCUGCGAUCUUUUCGAGUCGGCGCGCGUGUCUCGCUCUCCUUUUGUUAGACGCGAAUUGACACAGGUGGCCUUGCAGGUGUGCAGACGUGUCGAGACGGCUGCGCUUGCGGACGCCGCUGCUGCUGCUGCUGUGGCAGCUGCUGAAGAGGGUCAACAUUCGCAGCGCACUGUCAACAGGCAGUUUAUCCUGAGCUGCCUUCUCACCAAAGGGCACGCUGCAGAUGGCGAAGUGCUCCCACACGUUAGGGGAGCUGCUGCAGAGGCUGCUGCUGUCCUUGUAUCAGGGCAGCAGGCUCUCCCCAAGCAGGCGCUGCGUUCUCUGGCGGAUUUCGCUGUCUACAGCUUGCGGGGACUACUGGAGCUACUUAGAGACAUCGCUACAGCGACGGUAAUGCCAACCCCCCCGCAGCAAGAGGGGCCAGAGGACCGCAAGACGCAUGCGAAGCAGAGGAGGCAGCAGAAGGCAGAGGAACAAGAGACAAACGCGCUGGAUGAGGCUGCGACGUCUUGCCUCUUCAGCAGCGCUGCUCAGAAGCAGAUGGCAAUCCGCGAAGAGAUGAAGCACCUCCAGCAGUUGCUGCAGAUUUUCCUUCGUCGGUCUAGACCCCAGUCCAAUGUCUCCGAAGAGAACGUCAGACAGUUCGAGGCAUUUCCGAAGAAGCUGCAAGUCACUCUCGGCCGCUCUGUGGAGGAAAUUCUGCAGCAGGCUGCCGCAGCAGCAGGCGACAACAAGUCGGAGCGCCUUGCGAGUUCGAUCUGCGCACUUAUCGCGCGAGCAACUGAGGCAGAGGAGAAGCCCUCUCAUGAUACAGCGGCAGCAAGCAUAGAGGAACGAGACACUGCCCCGCGAGAAGCUCAGAGGCCCCCGAAAAGGCACAAACCAUCACCAGCUACCCAUUGA